AUGCCAGAAACAUCAAUGGAUGUAAAAGAGCAAGGAACCACAAGCAACCAGAGGCAGGGAAACAAGAGAACGUCCCGCCACGCGAAGAGGGAAAUCCGUCAAAAGGCCAAAAACAUCCAAGCCGUUGUCGCCAUCGCCUUCGCCCUCAUCGUCGUCAUCCUCGCAGCCAUGUCAUCUCCAGCUGUCUUCACGCUCAAUAAGCGUCUCUUCAACCCAACAACCUACUCCCGCAUCCAUCAACUCUGGUUCGGCGAUCUCCCCCACUCGGCCACCGUCGCACCGGCCGAGAUUGCCAAGAAGUGGUUUGGCGGAGGCUCGCCGGCCGACAAAGCCGCCUUCGAUCACACCUGCACGACCGCUUUCCGCGACGCUCUGGUAUCCGUAGGGCCAAAGGCUUACCCCUUGCCGCCGCUCGACGCCGCCGGCAACUCCAGCUACGCGGCCGAGCUGGCACAUGCGCCAACCAUCUCAGCGCCCUUCGCGGCGGCGCUCGCAGACGCAGCCAAAGGAGGAGAAGGCGGAAGCAGCAGCGACAUCCGUGCGGGAGAAGAAGCCGCGGCCGACGCGGCGCUGAGCCUGGUGCUGCUGCUGGACCAGCUGUCACGGAACAUCUUUCGGACGGACCAGAAGCUUAUCUACUCGCAUUACGACCGCCUGUCGCGCAGCUUGGUGCGGCAUAUCCUGUCAAGCAGCCCACGCGCGGACCUGCACCCCAAGUUCCGCGCUAAGCCCGUCUUUAGGCUGUGGUUCUACAUGCCGCUGAUGCACUCGGAGUUCCUUGAGGAUCAUCGGAGCUACGAGACGUUGGCGGGCGAGAUGCUGGCGGAGAUGAAGGCGCGGGGGGACAAGGAAGCCGAGGAUUAUGUGAAGCAGAGUCUGGAUUUCGAAAUAAAGCAUAAGAAUAUCAUCGAGAAGUUCGGGAGGUACCCGCACAGGAAUGAAGUCAUGGGCAGAACAAUGACCAAGGAGGAGAGCAAAUGGCUGGAGGCGGGGGGUGAGACGUUUGGCACGGGAAAAUAG